AGGUGAAUCCGGGUCUUCGGCGUGACGAGCGAACGCCUUCACCACUAGGCUACACCACCGCACCCCUCCUGAUAACAGCGUUUCACAGGACAGCAUUAGUCGGACUACCACUGCUGCGGGUUAAGAUUCAAAAUAGCUGCGUCCAGCACAAGAUGAAGUUCUCCACUGCUACAGUACUUCUGGCAUCUUGCCUGUGGCUGAUUAUACAAGCUGCAAGAACAGAGGAUAUCCCGUCGCCAUCACAUCAGAUAUGUUCCCUUAACUACCCGAAACACUACCCCAAUGGCAUAAGAUGGUCUUUGAUGGCCCACGCUAAAGAUUCUAACAGCGCUCUCCACAUAACAUUCACCCACUUCGAUCUGGAGGGAUCGGCCAAGUGUACACGAGACUACCUAGAUGUUUACGACGGUGGGAACGGUGAGGACAUUGACCGUCAUCUUGGACGGUUCUGCGGAUCAACGAUACCUGCAGACAUCACCAGCUCUGAGAGUAGCGCCCUGUUUAUACUCAAUACAAACGCUAACGUCUCCGCAUCUGGAUUUUGCAUCACGUACUACUCCACCCAAAAAAACAGCACGGAAUACAAACAGCAGUUAAUUGUCAUCUGUUCUGUCUACGCCACGAUGACCUUACUUACCAUUCUAGGUUUUCUGAAAUACAAGAUCUUCUAUACGAAAAGAAACAAGGACAAUAUCAGCGUGAGCAGCGUAUGUAAAAUGUACAAGAGUGACGUGCCAAUUUCUCCACCUCCGCCAUACAGCUCCCAGACUGAACCGAGCUGUAACAGGCACCCUCCGCAAUACGAGGCAGAACACGUAUGUAAAAUUUACGAGAGUGAUGUUACCACUGCUCCACCUCCACCAUACAGCCCCCAGACUGAACCGAGUUGUAAUGGGCGCCCUCCGCAAUACCAAAUAGAACACAUAUGAGCUGGAAAUGGACAAGGCGAAUAUGUUAUCCUCAUCUCAUGGAAAAUGCCAUGGCACGCAUAUGAUUGAUACUGAUCAUUGUGUCAUAGUUACCUCGGGACACCUGGAGAUCUUGAAGUGUUCACUUUCUGCCAAGCAGUUUCAGUUCAUAACGCUUUGAUGGAUAUUUCAUCCUUCCUUUAUGUAUCUGCAUUUACUUGUUCAGCGCACAGUUAAUAUUGGACCCGUGAAGAUCCGGGUAAGAAUUGGUCUUCAGCAACCCGUUUUUGUUGUAAGAGGCAACUAACAUCCCCAAACACUCGCGACUUUGAAGCAAUCAUGAUAAUACCCGCAAAUCUAAAUAAUGAAUUUGUUGCAGUAUUCUAAUGUGUUGGGGAUGCAUGUCUACCUUGCAACACCUCUGUGGAAGGCGUCGUUAAUAGCGUCUUCAUGGCAACAACUCCGAUGAUCAGGAUGUAUGUUUAUUUGUGAGACCGGUUUGUCGACAGAGGUUUAUUCUAAUGUGUUGGGGAUGCAUUUCUAGCUUGCAAAACCUCUGUGGAAAUUCGUCGUUAAUAGCGUCUCCAUGGCAACAACUCCGAUGACCAGGAUGUAUGUUUAUUUGUGACACCGGUUUGUCGACAGAGGUUUUGUUAUCUCCCCUCCCAUGUUGCCAGCCAUAAAUUGUCUGUUGUGUCAUGGGCUUCACGCAACACCACCUAGCAAGCGUCAGGUUUUGUAACGCUCAUACUAGAUUAUGAGCAGCGAUGCGGCACGAGGUAGACACGCUGCAGAAGUCUGGCGCCGAUCAGAUGUCACCGCAGUCGUGUCGGGGCACACACUGUGUUGUUAAACAUAUAUUUGGGACAAAGUUACGCCUUAUGACAACCCAUUUUCACAUUUGUUAAGAUAUUUAAGAUAUCUUCAGUUGUCUUAAAAGAUCUGUAUUCAAUCUAAAGAUAUCAACAGUGGUUUAAAGAUAUCGGUAAAUAAUUGAAGAUAUCGGUAAUUAAUUUCUGAUAUUCAAAUAAAAUUACAGAUAUCACAAAAUGUUACAGAGAUAUCAAAAACAUGUCGUGCUUUCUCUAAAUGUGUUGAAGAUAUCAAUAAAAUACUUACGACCAUAGUGUACAUAGUUGUAUUAGAAAAUAAUUCAUGAUAUCUAUAAUUCAAUUCAAGAUAUCAGCAGUUGUUUUCAAUGUAUCAUUAAUAUGCUUUAUCAUAUCAUUAAUUCAUUUCGCGACAUCAUGAUUUUUUUGUGCAUAUAUCUAUAAUUUUCUCUGUUCGAGAUAUCUUCAGUUCAGUUCAAGAUGUCUUCAAUUCAAUUCAAGAUAUCUCUAUUUUCAUUCAAGAUAUCUUUAAAACAAUUUAGGAUAUCAGUAUCUCUUAAUAAAUGUCAUUCGCGGUACCUUCGGUGGUUUCUCUCUGUGGCACAUGCGUUUGUCACACAUCACUGAUUACAAGUGCCACACAGGGAAAUUGUGUGGAGGGCGUGUGCCACGCAGGAACAGCUCACCCUUUCAGUUCAUUAGGUGUAAUGAAGUGUGAACUUUACUCUACCCGAGAGCUACUGUUGUUAUACCCUUUAAGUGAAUUGGGUGUAGUGAGGUAUGAACUUUACUUUACCCGAGAGCUACUGUUGUUGUACCCUUUAAAUGAAUUAGGCGUAAUGAGGUCAUUAAAUUUUCUUUUUGA